AUGUCUGACGAGCUUCAACCAAGUGUGAAAGCCGACGGACGAGUUGACCUUGAUUUCGAUUCGAAGCUUGCCAGAACUCUCACAGAGAUUCUCCCUUCCCCAAAAGAUGUUCCUUCUUCUAGUUCACCGCCGCCACGCAACUGGCAUAUCCCGCUCAAUAUCGUCAUCCAAGUAGUUGGCAGUCGAGGGGACGUUCAGCCAUUCAUCGCACUCGGAAACGAGCUCCAAAAACAUGGACAUCGUGUCAGGCUUGCAACUCACGAUGUUUUUGAAGAGUUUGUUCGAGACUCUGGCCUGGAAUUCUACCCAAUUGGCGGUGACCCUGCUGAACUCAUGGCGUACAUGGUAAAAAACCCAGGUCUGAUACCGAGCAUGAAGAGUCUGCGACAAGGAGACAUCCAGCGCAAGCGAGCUAUGGUGGCGGAGAUGCUAGACGGUUGCUGGCGGAGUUGCAUUGAGCCAGAUUCCUUCUCUCAGACCCCAUUCGUCGCUGAAGCCAUCAUCGCCAACCCACCAAGUUUCGCUCACAUCCAUUGUGCUCAAGCACUUGGCAUACCCCUUCAUCUCAUGUUUACGAUGCCGUGGAGCAGCACCCGUGCCUUUCCUCAUCCACUCGCAAACCUCAAGUACUCUAAUCUGGACCCAGAACGAGCGAAUUGGUUUUCCUAUGGAUUAGUGGAAUUUUUGACUUGGCAAGGACUCGGCGACACUAUCAAUAAAUGGCGAAGCUCCCUCGACUUGCAACCUGUGCCCCUCUCUGAAGGCCCGUCUCUGGCAGAAACUCUUCAAAUACCAUUCACCUACUGUUGGUCUCCAGCAUUGGUCCCCAAGCCGGCAGAUUGGUCAUCUCAUAUCGAUAUUUGCGGUUUUUUCUUUCGCGAGCCGCCUGCUUACACUCCGCCUCCUGACCUUGACGCCUUCCUUGCUGCCGGUCCGCCACCGGUCUAUAUCGGCUUUGGAAGCAUUGUCAUUGAUAACCCACAACGGAUGAAUGACAUUUUGGUUCAGGCAGUCCGGGCGGCUGGAGUUCGAGCCAUCAUUUCUCGUGGCUGGAGUAAACUCGAAGGACCACCAUCUGAAGAUGUUUUUUAUCUUGGCGAUUGCCCCCACGAGUGGUUAUUCCAGCGUGUUUCCGUGGUAGUGCAUCACGGAGGUGCUGGUACCACGGCAUGUGGUCUGCUCAACGCGAAGCCAACUGUUAUCGUUCCUUUCUUCGGCGACCAACCAUUCUGGGGCAACAUGGUUGCCGCGGCUCAUGCAGGACCGGUUCCGAUCCCACACCAAGCUCUUGAUGUCGAUAUCCUUGCUAAAGCAAUCACUGUCUGUCUGACGGACGAGGCAGCCACAGCAGCCUGCAUAAUUGCCGAAAAGAUGAAGUCAGAGUCUGGUGUUAGAGCGGCCGUUUCUGCAUUCCAUGCCAAUCUCCCCAUUGAAGCUAUGCAAUGCGAGAUAUUGCCCAAUCGACCCGCGGCUUGGAGAAUCAAAGCCGGAUCACAGAAACGCAAAAUUCGGUUGUCUAAACUUGCAGCUGAGCUGCUGGUGCAGAACUCGUGCUUUGACCGGCAGGCCAUCAAAUUACAUGAAACUAACCGAUUCCGCAUCGAAAACCGGCGCUGGGGACCCCUCACAGGAAGCAACUCUGCCGCUAUUGGAACCCUUGCAGACAUGGCUGACGCCACCAUUGGGGUAGUCUCGAAGCCAUACGAAGAGUUUAAAGGCACCACAGAGGGAUUGACCUCCCGUGCUGGUACCUCGACAUCAUCGUCUAUUCUAUCCAAGUCAACCUCAUCGAGCGAUAAGAGUGCAGGCUCUAGCAAAACACGAGAUCCUUUUCGGACCGCAGAAGCCAUGGCUACCCAAUCCGGAAGGAGCCUCGGAAAGGUCGCCACAACAGCUGUUCGGGGGACUAUCGUCGACAUUCCCAUGGCAUUUGCCGAGGGUAUGCAUAACCUCCCGAGGUUAUACGGCGACGAAGUCAAAGAUCACGGCGAGAUCAGUGGUUGGAAGAGUGGCUUGAAAGUUGCUGGCGAGACUUUUGUUGGGGAUUUGACGGAUGGUAUCUCCGGUCUUGUUGUUCAACCAUAUAAAGGAGCCAAAGAGGAAGGCGUACUUGGUUUAGCGAAAGGGGUGGGCAAGGGCGUUGCCGGGUUGGUGACCAAGCCUGUUUCUGCUGGGCUUGCGCUUUUGGUAUACCCUAGGCAAGGCAUUUACGCGAGCCUUCGAACUGCUUCCCACCAAAAAACUCGGAAUACCAUCACCAAAUCAACCAUAUUUGAAGGGGAAUGGCUGGCGAAGACGGACCACCAGGUUGAUAUGGCCACAUUGACGACCAAGUAUCAUGACCUUGUGGACUGUACCACAUAG